GCGCGCUCGCUCGGAGCGGUGCGGUGCUGCGCGGUGCGGGCGGACCCCGGCCCAACAUGGCCGAAGUGAGCAUCGACCAGUCCAAGCUUCCCGGCGUGAAGGAAGUAUGCCGAGAUUUUGCUGUCUUGGAGGAUCACACCUUGGCUCACAGCCUUCAGGAACAAGAGAUUGAGCAUCAUUUGGCAUCAAACAUUCAGCGGAACCGUUUGGUCCAGCAUGACCUCCAGGUUGCUAAGCAGCUCCAAGAGGAAGACCUGAAAGCCCAGGCUCAGCUCCAGAAGCGUCACAAAGAUCUUGAACAACAAGACUGUGAAAUUGCUCAGGAGAUCCAGGAGAAGUUGGCAAUUGAGGCAGAGAGACGACGUAUUCAGGAGAAGAAGGAUGAGGACAUAGCUCGACUUUUGCAAGAAAAGGAGUUACAGGAAGAGAAAAAGCGGAAGAAACACAUUCCCGAGUUCUCUGGAGGCACUGCUUAUGGAGAGAGUUACUAUUAUGAAGACAGAGGUGCUAACUACAAAAUGUGUUGGGAGAAUGACCAGCCAAGGUCAAGGAGGGCCAGGGAAUUGGGUUCUGCAUACUCAAGGUCUUAUAAACUCCAAAGUGAUGGAAAUACUGUAAAAAUGAGGAAGGAGAAACCAAGACACCUACGGGAACUCAUGGAUGAACCAGAAGAACACUGUCCAUCUGAGAGACACAUGGCUUCCCACUGGAGCAGUGUGAGGGAUGAUGCACUAAUGGCUAGCGAGCCGAGACAAAGGAAACAGCCUGCUCAAGAAAGGUCCCGGAGACCUCCACUUCCCAAGAUCAGUGGGGACGUGCUUCUGAGCGUUGAAAGUGGUGACUGGGAGGUGACCAGUAGUCCUCACACUCGGAAUUGGGAAAAACAGUACCGACACAAUGACCGACUUUCACCUAAGACCUCACAGAAAGUGGGGCUUCCUUGUAAGAAAACUGUAUAUGGGAGGGACCAUGGGCAAGGUGAGCACAGAGAAAGGAAACACAGGCCCAGGACUCCUCAACUCUCAGAAAAUGAAGAGCUUCAUUACCACCAUGACCCAGGAAUGAAACCAAGAAUGUUGAAAGAAACUAUCUCUACUCCAACACGAGUGACUCACAAAGAUCAGGAAUGGUAUGAUGCUGAAAUUGCCAGGAAACUGCAGGAAGAAGAACUUCUGGCGACCCACGUGGACAUCAGAGCAGCUCAAGUAGCCCAAGAUGAGGAAAUUGCCCGACUUCUAAUGGCAGAAGAAAAGAAAGCUUACAAGAAAGCCAAAGAGCGAGAGAAGUCGUCUGUGGACAAAAGAAAGAAUGAUGCUGAGUGGAAGUCAAAAGCAGCUAAGUCAACACACUCAAAGUCAAAAGACAGUGAUGAGGCUUACCGUGUCAAGAUUGAUAGGCCAGCAAGGCCACUACCACCUGGCAUAACAGAAGCUGAGGACCUGGAUUAUUCUCAUGUUACACACCAGCAUAGUGCCACACGCCAUUUCUCAAAGUCAGAGUCUUCACAUAAAGGUUUCCAUAACAAGCAGUAAAGUCAUGGGAAUCUGCCUUGAAAAUGGACUUGCUGAAGCAGAUGUUGCUGGAUCCUACAAAAUGCAUUCCACAUUAGUUGUGCUCCUUCUAUGUGGUAUUCCUGGGAUUUAUUCUUAGUUUUUCUGGCCAUAAGAAUAAUUUCAAACAUUUUGGUUAUUUCUGAUCACUAGGGCAGUAUAAGCAAAUAUAGCUUGUGAAUCUUGACCACCUCCAUUCUGAGUCUGAAGUGCUCAGUCCAGAGCUAUUGUGCCAACUGAGAGAUGACAUCUGGGCACUAGGCUUUGUUUCCCGAUGAAUUAUAUAGAGAUAAAUUAUCAAAACAUUUGGAUGCAGUGCAAAAUCAAUGGAUGUAAACAGUAGGUGUUUUUUUUUUUUUUUUUUUUUUUGUAAACUAGUAGAUGAUGGUUUGGACAAUAGAGCCAAUGGUUUGAUUCUGUUUAGAAAAAAAACCACAGCUAUAAAUAUUAAAAUAAAUAACCUAGAGAUUCUGAAUACAUGAGCUGGGCAGAGACUGCAUGUCCUUAUUAGCCCUUCUGGAAAAAUUGGCCUAGAUAUCAUUUUCUAACAUAGUGGAUUUCAUAAUAGAUUUCUGAAGCCCCAGGCAGUGGGUAAUAUUAGUAUUUAUUGGGAAAACCAACCACUUUUAUAAUACUUUUAUUAGGUCUAUGAAAAAUGAAAUGGAAAUUAGGAACUUUAUAUCAUUUGUUUUAUAUUUACUUGUAGAGCCAAGGAAAAUUGAAUUGGAAGAUGUUUUCAAAAGGGAUGAUGAUGUCAGCUCAUCAGCUAUAUAGAGCCAUGUUCAGAGGACAUAGCAAUAUUUAUUGGCAACCCCUCAGUAAUGCUUUGUGCAUUUAUACAUAAUUAAUGCAACAUGAAGUUGGAUUUUUUUUUCCUUAUAGUGUUGGGGAAUAAACCCAGGGCCUUGUGUGUGCUAGACCCAAUCCUGAAGUAAUUGUUUAUCCACAAAUUUGUUAAUGGUUAUGUAUUCUUAUGCACAAGCCUUUUAAGCCCUUCCUUUCAAGCAAAUUCAGAGUUUGUCUAGCUGCUAAUUCAUGGAAAUGUUUAUUUACCCAUACUGGAUAAAUGACAGUUAAGACCUACCUACACACACACCCAGGCACACACGUGCGCGUGCUCAUAUCACAUUUCUGAAACUUGAUUUGCUGUUUUCAUCGUGUGGACAUGACAGUUUUGGUAUUUCACUACUCUGUUUAGGAAAGAGAUUUCUGAGUGAGUGGAGAAAGUAUUUUUAAUCCAUUUUCUCCCCACUGAGAACUGCUUUGUGUUUGCUUUAUCUUUCCAGACAGUCUUAAACCUGGGCAGUAUUCCAGGAAGCUACAUUGAACAGAUUUUUUAAUGGAUUUGGAUCACUAAUUUUGAGUAAGACCUUUGGUUUCAUUAAAAUUGGGAAUGAUGAGGAUUUUAGUAAAAGGCAGCUGAGAGUUAAAUUCUGUGCAAAUUGGUAAUCAUGGAAGAAAUAAAAAUUUAAAGGGUGUAGAUAUUUGGGGAAAAUGAAGGAGGAAGAUAACAGGUCUGAAUCCCUAUUGUGAAAUAUAGAACAGUCUUCAUUUAGUGAAGGGAGAGGAAAUGGAAACCUUGGUCUUAAGUAAGAGUUUAGAUCAUGGGUUCAGUGUCCAUAGCUUAGUCUUGCUGACUUAUUUUUCUGUAUCUGCCCUGUGAUGUUUUUACCCCAUGUUCUAAAAUAAGGUUUUAAUAAGAUUAAAAAAAAAUGCUGUUGGCAUUUUUGUUUGAUAGUCCCAUUUGCCAUACUAUAUCUUAUAAAUAUUUAUUUUUCUGUCAAUGCUCAGUUUCACUAUACAAACUUUUUUUUUUUUUUUUUGCUUCUCAUAUACUUCAUUUAGUCAUACUCGUUACUGUGAACUGGACCUAUUUUAACAAAAAAGAUAACAGGCCAUUUCACCAGAGUGUAGUGUGUAGUGUUGCCCCUGUGAUAGCCAGGUCAACAUCGGGACUGAAAAUUCAUUACUUUUUUAAAGAUUUUUUAAAGAGUAGACUUUAAAGAUAUAUUAUCAUUAUUUUAUUUUAUGUUUUUUUUAUAAAGUGAAAACUUUUUUAAAAGUAUUGUAAUUAUUUACAUAUGAAUAAGAUAGAAAUAUAAUGUUCUCAUUUAAAUUCUCAUUCUUUUUCAUUCAAAUAAUGUGUCUUUGAGGUGAUAGAAGCAACUUAAAACUGUAUUGUCAUGCCUUGCCACUUUUCACUGUGUUCACUGCUUUUACUUUGUUAUCUUUUAUAUAAAUACAGAAGCAUUUAUUUGUUGCUCUUGCUGCUGCACAUAUAAUUUAAUUUCAAACCAACAGUGUGUUAUGCCAUAAUCUUGUCAUAUAAACUGAGACUUAUGGCCUUGGAAGAUCUUGUAUCCAAAUUCUUGCUGCCUGGAGGCCAGGUCUCAUUGACAGCAGCACUGCCGAGUGAGCACAGUCCAUACGGGAAGGGGUCUUAUUUUAAGGCUACAUGGCAUGUGUGCUGUCUCCUUUGCCUAACAGUUUUGUUAAACCAUUGCUUAGAACAGAUCUUAGAAAAAAUGUCAGAUUAAAUAUUCUGAUUUGAAAAUAAUUUCAUUCUAGGUCCAAAAUGGUAUUUAUAAUAUUUUGUUGCAAGACUGGAUAAUCAAUCACUUUAUUAUAAUAAGAACAUGGAGAUUGUUUGAAAGUGACUUUUCAUGCCUUUGUAAUUUUUGUCUCAAAUGAUUUUAGAGUAACUUGAGGCAUGACAAUAAAUUUAAAAGUAAAUAUUGUAUAGUUUUGAUUGUAGAGAAACAUCUAAAUUGAAAAAGAAUGAUACAUGCUCCCAGGAGAUAGAGUUACAGAGUGUCCUUGGCUACAAGGUCACCACAGUCCAAAUAUAUGACACUGGACCUUGUAUCUCAUUGAGCACGUUCUAGAAAAUUCUGAACCAAGCCCAUGUCUCUUGUCUUUGUUUCAGCUGGAAUUUGAACUAGCUGAUGAAAUUCACUUCUAACAUUUAUCCAUGGUGUUCAUGGUUGGAACAUGUCAGUAUAAGCUUUUAUCGGAUAGUAAUUUUUUAGUAGUGUCAUGUCUUCUCUAAAUUUACUUGUGCCAAACCUUUUGUAAUAUGGUGCAUUCACUUUACCACAUAAGUGAUUAACAUUUUACAGUCUUGAUUUUUAGUGAGUGAUCCUUUUGUAUAAAUGUCAUUUUGGAAAUACCAAGAUGUUACUCAUCAAUACUUUUCUUGAAAGGUAACUGAUGAUUGGCUGCAAUUGACAGCCUAAUAAAGAAAUGAGAUGCUUGCAUAAGUAACUAGAAGGAGUGGGAACAGAAUAGAACUUGAAGUAAAAGGCUUUUCUCUUUUGGAGAUAGUGUUUGUGUAGGGAGCAUUACCAUUCAGAAGGUUCUUGAUGUCACUGUAGAUGUGGUCAUAUUCUCAAUAACAAAUGCUAUUAAAAACAGUCAUAAAAAGAUAAAACCUGAUCUUUAGGCAAAAGAAAAAUAUAUCUAAAGUAUGCACUAUGUCAGUUACCUAUUAUCACAGAAGUGACUCUAGAAAAUGGUUGUAUUUUCUCCCAUCAGUUGGUGCCUAUGAGAUUGAAAGCCAUACGUGCUUAUCUGACUGGUGAUAGAAUGCUUGUUUCUUCUUAGCUUGUGAUAGACAAUGUAGGCAUAGAGUAGUGUUCUCUUUACACUGCAUGGUGCAAGUGCCAUCCAGAUUCGUGGUGGUGGUGAAGAUGUGAGUCUGUCAGAAAGAACCAGAGGCAGCUGUUGCUGCUGGCAUAUAACUGCGGUCACUAGCACUACUGUUCAGUUUGAAAGAAUCCAAGAAGGCAAGUAUAAACCAGGAAGACGUCCAUAUGUAGAGUCACUCUGCUGAUGAGCUCUGCAUUUUAUGCCAGCAUGUCUGUGAAAGAGCAGUUUUGCCUUAAUUUAGUUGGACUCCAACCAAUGUUAGUGUACUUUCACAUGUGAAUGACUGUCAACUCUCCACUGGCAUAUAUACAAUCCAUAGAAGAUCCUCAAGCGUCCUGGUCAUCUUGGGGCUUUGGACUUCCUCUCCUUGUGCUGUGAUUGGCACAUCAUCACUAUUUCUUGCAAGGCAGGCAUGACCAAAAAAGACUGGUAGAAGCAAAGAAUUUCCUAGCCAGGUUUUCCAUACCUAGUUAUCAAUAUCUGAACAACUGAGAGCUUACUGCUCUCCUUUUCAUGGUGACUGUGAAGAAGAUAUUUUUACAUGUUCUGUUGUGUGGAGAAGACACUCGUAUUAUCUGUAAGAAUUUACCAAUACCUUUGUCUAUGAAAUGCUUAUUUACCAUUGACCAAAACAGGAGAAAACCAAACAAAAUGGAGACAUUUACUUGAAAUUGGCAAUUUGCUGAUGUGAAAAAUAUCCUAUUUUGUUACUUUUAGAUUAACCAGGAAACCAUUUUGCUAUGAUACACAGGGUAGAAGAAAAGUAGGUUUUAAAGGUUGUAUUUGAUAACACAGACUAAUACAAUCAUGUGAGUACUCAUGUUGAUUUAUAGAAAUACCUGGCCUAAAAGCCAUUUUCUUCAAUACACACACACACACACACACACACACACACACACACACACACACACAUAUAUGACCCAGUUAUAUAUAUAUCACUGCCUACUAAUAUUUCUAAUAGAUUUAAUAUGCCUUUGUGUAUUCACAGCCAACUAGAAAUUUUUUUUUUUUAAAUUUUUGUUUCUUUUUUUUUGAGUAACUUUUCCUAAUGUGCUGAUUUCAGCAUCUCAGAUCAGGGCAGAAUGAAUUCUUAGUGUCCCAUUAUCCUUAUUUAUGGUGAGAUUAAAUAUAAAGGUAAGAGUUGAAAGAGGGAUACUCCUUCAUAAAGUAUCAAAAACUAAGAACAGAAAAGAUGUUGAAUAUGCUAUAGGAAAUUACAUACUUAGAACACAUUGUUUUUCACUGAGUCUCAUACCAUAAUUUCUAAGACAGAUUCUAGCUGCAAAAUUUGACGAAUCUGAAUUUUUGUUCUUCUAGUUGAAUUUGUUAUUGAAAUCCCUAUAAGCUAUAGUUGCAUCCCUUUCUGUAACUGAAAACCAAAUAUCCUGUCUCAGAAAUACUAUGUUCCCACCUGUCGUACUAGGUAAUCACAUAUGAGAAAGUACCAUGGGAAAAUAGCAUAUACAAAUGAUGUUCCACAAUAAGAAUUCUCUGAAAUCAAGUUUCUUCUAAAAAGUCUAUCCCAACAAACAUUUUAAAAAGGUGCUGAAUUAAAAAGGACAAGAAUCUGCUUUUAUAAAUCAAGUUCCUCAGGAAAUGUGAGGUGACACUUUCCAUUUGUCUUAGAAUUUGGAAAAGUAAUCUCUUGAUAGUGAGAUGACACAGGGCUCAGGCACUUCUUUAGUGAGAAAAUCUUUUAGAUAUUUGGAAUGUGGAUAUUUCUAUACAACAAAUAAGAUAUCCUAAGUGCUCAUCAAUUUAUAUCCAAGCCCUAGGGGAAGGAGUGGGAGGCAGAUAUUAGAAAAUAUCUAUUUCAUAGAGCUGAAUAGAAGCUUGAUAGAAGUUAGUUUGUCUGAGGGCAGAACGCAGGCCACCUCAAACCACAUGUCUAUCUAGAGAUUAAGUGAAACUGUUAGGGAUACUAUGUGAAUCAUGGUUGCCUUAAUGUUACUGGUGUUGGGCACUGGUGGAUAUGUAUGCACCCAUGGGAACUAAGCUGAUGGAAGCAGUCUUUCAGUUUACCUUCUUAGAGCACAAGUUCUUCCUGACCAUAACCUCGAUGAGGAAGUAGGGAAACAUGGUGCUGAUUACUUUCAUGUGUCUGGGGAGGCUGAGGUGGUUAAUAUCACUAAGGUACUUGCCAGUGCUCAAGCCUUCCUUAAAUGGCACUUGUAUGUCUACAUUAAUUCAUCUAUGCAAAUUUGUGUUUUCUUGGUUUGUAUUUUACACCUUCUGUCCCAUUCGUUUUUCAAAUAUCAGGUUUAACAUUGAUGUUAUGAAUAAUUUUCAAACCAAAGUAUUGUAUAAGUAAGUCUGUGUGCUUUGUUCUCCUGGUUGGUUUGAGGUGAGCACGUAUCUGGUCUUCUCUUAAUAAAGUCAUCCAUUUGUUGAGUCA